UUGAGAAGUAGCACACGGCAGUUCUUGUCAUUUAGUUGGAAUGCAUCACUACGCGCUCGUGCCACGAUACAGGAGCCGGAGCAGAGGGCGCGCUGAGCAACACCGACUGCAUUUUGUGGCAGACAAUCUGGGAAAGCGGACAGCGAAAGGACAUGUUUCGAAUCGGCCUACAGAAAAAGAGCAUGAAACGAUUGAACAGAAGAAAACAAAAACAAAAGGAGAACAAAUUGGAAGGCCUGGAAGGCCCUUGUUGGCUUUGUUUGCUGAGGUUGUGGUUCUUUUUUUCUCGUUGAAUGCUGAGGUAUCCUCCAAGCUACGGCCCAGGAUACCCACCUCCAGGCUACGCACCUCCACCUCCAGCAUCUUACCCUCCUCCGGGCUAUCCACCUGAGAGGCACCCGCCAACUUAUCCUCAAUAUGCUCCGCCACCAGACCCUUAUGCAGUGCCUCCGCGUGACCCAUAUGCGCAGCCAAGGGAUCCAUAUGCCCCACCACCACACGACCCCUACGCCCCACCACCACACGACCCCUAUGCUCCGCCACCUCAUGAUCCUUAUGCUCCGCCAAGAGAUCCAUAUGCCCCUCCCCCUCCCAGCCGGUCACCAGGCUACCCACCACCCGGCUAUCCACCGGCAUAUCCAUAUGCAGAGUAUCCGCCACCUGCACCGGCGUAUCCUCCCCAUGGACCCCACGGGCCGCCACCAGGCUACCCUCCACCACACCACGGGCCCCCAGCGCCGCCGCACGGGCACCCGCCAUAUGCCUGUCCGCCAAACUACUAUCCACCUCACCAUCCUCACCCACCACACUACAGAACUCCCAUGCCCGGGUACGGAGCAUUGCGACCCAGGAGUCGCUCACCCAAUCGCCGACUGAUCCGAAGAAUGAUGAUCAAGCGGCCAGAGAGGAAGGCGAAAGCAAAACCUAAGGCCAAAGCAAAACCUGAAAAGAAGGCGGAGAAAGCCGGCGACCUGACGCCUCGGGAGCUCUCCGACAUCAAGGAGGCCGAGGCCAAGGCCAAACGUGAAGCUCAUCCCGAGGCAACACGAGAAGAGAAACCUCUUCAGCUCUUGGUGGAAAGGGCAUCAAACCCAAAGAGCUGGAUCCCUUGCAUCGAAGAUAAACAUUUGCGUUCUUGGAUGUACAUGAGCCAAGAGAAAGGCGUGAGCUAUGCUGACUUUGAGCAGCUCAAGGAGAAGGUCGAAUGGACCGAAAUCCAUGGGGCUGCCGCCCUCACUCGGAAGACCAUGUGGUUUGUAAAGAAGGGCUGCAGGUGCCCAUACAGCUAUGGGAAGCAGCAAGUCAGUGCAGUGACCUUCCCUGAUUGGUUCCUGGAUAUGGCAAAGCGUUGGCUUAACUCUUUGAAUCUCAACGAUCAGGACAAAGACUCCACGUUUCCAAACUGUGUGAACCUGAACCUCUACGAGCAUGGCGAUCAUCAGGUAGCUUGGCACUCCGACGAUGAGCCAUUAUUCCGUGGCAAGUUUCAGGACACGCGGAUCAUCUCGGUGACCUUGGGUGCGAUGCGGAAGUUUCAGGUCGGUCUCAAGGCCCCAAGACGAGGCGGGAUAUUGAAGCCAGAAAAGGGAAGUAUGGCCACCUUCAACCUUGGACAUGGGCAAGUUUGUACUAUGGAAGGCCUUUUCCAGAAGCACUACUUGCAUCAGAUCGCCAAGGGAACUACUCGGCAGGCGCGUAUCAACGCGACCUUCCGCAACAUUGUGGAGCAUGCCGCUGGUUGCCCCUUGCGCUGAGACAAAAGAUCCAGCUCGCAAAUCGCGUGAAGCUUUGAGCUUUGACUGUAGAUGGGACAGUCUCCCAACUGCACGACAUUGCGUGGCCGAGAAGGGAUGCUCGAAGCUUUUUGCAAUUGCGGCUCCCCAGUGGCACUGCCACGUGGCGCAAGCGCUUGCACUCAUCGAAUCCGAUGACAUCCAAUGACUUGAUGUUUCCAAAGCGCAGAGCGUAGGUUCCAACGGUCGGAGGCGAGCGCGAA